GUGUCCAACCUCUAUCUCUAUGACAGUGUGCUCAUGUUGGCCAACGCCUUCCACAGAAAGCUAGAAGACAGGAAAUGGCACAGCAUGGCAAGCUUGAACUGCAUGAGAAAAUCCACCAAGCCUUGGAACGGAGGCCGAUCCAUGCUGGAGACCAUUAAGAAGGGUCAUAUUACGGGACUCACCGGUGUCAUGGAGUUCAGAGAAGAUGGUGCCAACCCCUACGUCCAAUUUGAAAUUCUUGGAACCAGCUACAGCGAAACAUUUGGCAAGGAUGUGCGAAGGUUGGCAACGUGGGACUCCGAGAAAGGACUGAACGGCAGCCUGCAGGAACGACGCCUGGGCAGCGACUUACAAGGAUUAACACUGAAAGUGGUGACUGUCUUGGAAGAACCUUUUGUGAUGGUGGCUGAAAAUAUUCUUGGGCAACCCAAGCGUUAUAAAGGCUUUUCCAUCGACGUCCUAGAUGCGCUUUCGAAGAAUUUGGGCUUCAAGUAUGAGAUCUAUCAAUCCCCAGAUGGCAAAUACGGACAACAGCUCCAUAACAGCUCCUGGAAUGGCAUGAUUGGAGAACUUAUUAACAAGAGAGCUGAUUUGGCAAUCUCUGCCAUCACCAUCACACCGGAACGGGAGAGCGUUGUAGACUUCAGCAAACGCUACAUGGAUUAUUCUGUAGGGAUCCUGAUCAAGAAACCGGAAGAGAAGAUCAACAUCUUUUCCCUCUUUGCCCCCUUUGAUUUUGCCGUGUGGGCUUGCAUCGCCGCUGCCAUCCCUGUCGUCGGCGUCCUGAUCUUCGUCCUGAACCGAAUCCAGGCCGUGAGAGCCCAGAACUCUUCCCAGCCGGGUGCCUCCCCGUCCUCGACACUUCACAGCGCCAUUUGGACAGUAUACGGGGCCUUUGUUCAGCAAGGUGGCGAAUCUACGGUCAAUUCCAUGGCGAUGCGCAUAGUGAUGGGAAGCUGGUGGCUCUUCACCCUUAUCGUAUGUUCAUCAUACACAGCCAACCUGGCAGCAUUUCUCACAGUAAACAGGAUGGACAAUCCAAUAAG